UUUUUUUGGUUUCCUUUUUCACUUAUUGAAGGUCGGGGGAAGUGACAGGCACUUGCGCAGAAGAUUGACAAAAGAACAAAAGAAAUUGAGCGAGAGAGAGAGGGGGACAAGGGUGUUUGUUUCAGCUCUGUUAAUGGCGGUUUAGGGUUUUCUGUUGAUCCCUCUUCCAACAAGGAACCUUAAUUUUCCCGCCUAAUUUUACAAGAGCCCGCGCUUUUCUCUCUCUUCUCGUUUACCAAAAACCCUAAUUCAAGAUUGUCCCCAAUCUCUCAAUUUCAACUUAUUUUUUUAUUAAAUUUCCACGAAUCCUCGUGAUUUUUCGGGUUUGGAAAAGUUUUUGUGAUCGGAGAGCGAGAGAAGCUGCGAUGGGCGCUCCAGAGAAAUCUCAAGGGAACUCCAAUUCGAUUCAGCGAGUAAAGGUCUAUCGUUUGAGUGAGAAUGGUAAAUGGAACGAUCAAGGAACUGGACAUGUCACUGUUGAUUAUUUGGAGAGAUCAGAAGAGCUUGCUUUAUUUGUUUUUGAUGAAGAAGACAAUGAGACUUUGCUUUUACACCGCAUCAGACCUGAUGACAUUUACAGAAAGCAAGAGGAUACAAUCAUAUCAUGGAGAGACUUAGAAUUCUCUACAGACUUGGCACUUAGUUUUCAAGAGAACACGGGAUGCUCUUACAUAUGGGACCACAUUUGCAAUGCUCAAAGAAAUAUGCAUUUCAGUUCUCUUGACAAUGAGAUAUUUCACACAAUGAAUAGCGAGUUGAGGGAGUUGCCUGCUGUGGAGCUUUCUACUCUUCCCAUAAUCCUCAAGACUGUGACUGAGAGUGGCCUUGCUGAUCAGAUACGGCUGACUGAACUUAUAUUGAAUGAUCAAGAUUUCUUCCAGAAGCUGAUGGAGCUAUUCAGAAUCUGCGAGGACUUGGAAAACAUAGAUGGUCUUCACAUGAUAUUCAAAAUAAUCAAGGGGAUAAUUUUGCUCAAUAGUCCUCAAAUUUUCGAGAAAAUAUUUGGGGAUGAAUUAAUCAUGGACAUUAUUGGUUCCCUUGAAUAUGACCCUGAUGUUCCUCAGGUGCAACACUAUCGGGCUUUUCUAAAAGAACAUGUUGUUUUUAAAGUGGCUAUUCCAAUUAAAAAUCCCCUCGCCCUAUCAAAGAUACACCAGACAUACAGAGUUGGUUAUUUGAAGGAUGUUGUUUUGGCAAGGAUAUUAGAUGAGGCCACAGCUGCCAGUCUCAAUUCUAUAAUUCAUUCAAACAAUGCUAUUGUUAUUUCUAUACUGAAGGAUGACAGCACCUUUAUUCAGGAAUUGUUUGCAAGGUUGAGAUCACCCACCACAUCUACUGAAUCAAAGAAAAAUUUGGUAACUUUCCUGCACGAAUAUUGUAAUUUAAGCAAGAGCCUGCAAAUGGUGCAGCUGCAUCGACUAUUUAGGGACCUUAUCAAUGAAGGCAUUUUUGAUAUCAUAGCUGAUGUUCUUCAGAGUCCAGAUAAAAAGCUUGUGCUAACUGGGACAGACAUCCUCAUACUGUUCUUGAAUCAGGAUCCAAACCUUUUGCGGUCUUAUGUAGUUCGCCAGGAAGGAAUUCCACUUUUAGGACUUUUGGUUAAAGGUAUGGUAACAGAUUUUGGGGAGGCUAUGCACUGCCGGUUUCUUGAAAUUCUUCGCAGUUUAUUGGAUUCAUUCACGUUGUCCGGAGCUCAGAGAGAUACAAUUAUUGAUAUCUUUUACGAGAAGCAUUUGGGGCAGCUAAUUGAUGUCAUAAUAUUAGCAUGUUCUUCUGAUGUGACUGGCCAGUCGACCUGUAAAUCAACAAGAAAUGCUGGAAGAGUUGAAAGUCAAAAUAGCACGAAGCCUGAAAUUCUGUUAAGCAUAUGUGAAUUGAUGUGCUUCUGUGUUUUGCACCAUCCUUGUGGAAUAAAGUGUAAUUUUCUCCUUAACAAUGUUGUUGACAAAGUUUUGUUACUGACACGGAGAAGGGAAAAGUACUUGGUAGUUGCUGCAGUUCGCUUUGUUCGCACUAUUCUCUCUCGUCAUGAUGAACAUCUGAUAAAUCAUUUUGUUAAGAACAACCUGCUUAAACCAGUUAUAGAGGCUUUUGUUGCUAAUGGAAAUCGUUACAAUGUGCUGAACUCUGCAGUCUUGGAACUUUUUGAAUAUAUCCGCAAGGAAAACAUGAAAUUAUUGGUUAGAUAUGUUGUUGAUUCAUUUUGGGAUCAGUUGGCUAAGUUUGAGAAAUUGGCUUCUGUUCACUCUUUGAAAGUUAAAUACGAGCAGUGCUUGGAAAAUUCUGGACCAAAAAUGAAUGUUAAUGCACCAGACCCUAGAAAACGGAUUGAUGAUCGUGCUUUGGAGAAAGAGGAGGAAGACUAUUUCAAUGGGGACAGUGAUGAAGAUGAUGCAGCAUCCGCAUCUUGUCCUCAGAAAGUGCAGUCUCAGCCUGUUUCAUCCAAUGGAGUUGAGGCCAGUCACUCAUCAUCAAGUCCGAGAUCUGGUGGACUUGUUGACUAUGACGAUGAUGAUGACUAUAAGCCAUCCCCUCCCAGGAAGCAGACUGAAACCUCGGAAGAAGAUGAAGGAACCAUGGAGUCCCUUAGGUUGAAGCGUAAGCUGAAUCCCAAGGAGCAUGAGCUAGUCAAGAAGCAACGGUUGGGGAAAAGCUCAAAGUCAAAAGGUAGCGUAUUUGCGGCUUUGUGUUCAACAUUAAGCCAGGCCGUGUUGCCUGGUAAGAAAACUGCAAAUGCCGUGCAUUUAUCUACCCAAUCAGCCGAGGGAUACGAAGGCUCAGGUGAGGAAAAUCAUCUGGAGAAGGAAUCAAGCAGUCCCAGAUAUUCUGAUGGCAAUAGUUCAGAAGAGGACAACCAUACAGAAAAAGAACCUCCUAGGAACUGUUCAGAUCACCUGCAUAGCCCCUCAGACAAUAGACAAUUAAGUGCAGAAGACUCAUCGUUGAUACCACCAAAAUCGUCACCUGAAAUGGCUGUAAAUGGAUCAUAAAUUAUAGUCCAACAAUAAUUGUCCGGCAUUGAAACGUGUUCUAGUUUGUUUUAUUCGACUCAUCGAUGUGUUGUUGAAUAAAACAGUCUUGGGGCUACCAAAGAAAAACAGUGGACAUAGAUUCACAGAAAGAGAAAGCAGACAAGUUAUCGGAGGGGAGGGGACAACGAUCGUGUAUAGUGCUGCCACCGGAAGGCUCGAAGAAAUAUACUCAAUAACAUGCCACGGCCAAGUAAGUCCACAAAGCCCUUUCAGAUGUUGUGAGCUGCCCCUAGACUGUUGCAUUUGUAAAACGUUGCCCGUUUUGUCGCAUUUUUGUUAUAUUUCUUUGAAUCUGUUCUUGUCAUAUUUAAAGAGCUUUAUGAAUCGAUUUUGGGGAAGUAAUAGUUUCCCUUUUGUUCA